AUGGCGUCACUUGCGAAGGGAAUAAAUCUUAGGGCUCAAAGAAGUCCUCUCAUCUUGAGGAGCUUGCCAUUGUGGAGAGAGAAUGGAUAUGCCAAUUACUACUCUGCAUAUCUGAUGUGUGCUUCAGAGUAUUGGAAUGCUGAUCAGAGGCGGGCGACGGUAGAAGGAGAAGCUAUUAAUGCCAUAUCUAGUGGUUCUGACAUUCCCGCUACUACAAUUGGAGUUGACGGUCCUAGUUCUGUUAGAGUAAGAGCUCUUUCUGGAAUAACCAGUGCUAGUUACUUAACUGUUGGAGGAGAAAGCACUCAAAGUCUCAUCAGGAAGGCCUUGUAUGGACUAAAACAAGCAAACUCCGGCUCGAAAUCAAGGGGAAGAAUUGCUCAGAUACCCGUAAGUGAGGCUUAUUUAGGUUGUGUUGUAAAUGCCCUGGCUAAACCAAUUGAUGGUAGAGGUGAAAUUUUAGAUUCUGAAUUUCGAUUAAUUGAAUCUUCCACCCUGGGUAUUAUUUCACGUCGUUCUGUAUAUGAGCCUCUUCAAACUAGGCUUAUUACUAUUGAUUCAAUGAUCGCUAUAGGACGUGGUCAGUGAGAAUUCAUUAUUGGGGACAGACAGACCGGUAAAACAGUAGUAGCCACAGACACCAUUCUCAAUCAACAAGGUCAAAAUGAUUUAUAUGUUUAUGUAGCUAUUGGGCAAAAAGCGUCUUCUGUGGCCCAGGUAGUAACGACUUUACAGGAAAGGAAAGCGAUGGAAUACACUAUUGUGGUAGCCAAAACGGCGGAUUCCCCUGCUACAUUACAAUACCUUGCUCCUUAUACAGGAGCAGCUCUGGCUGAAUAUUUUUUGUAUCGUGAAUGACACACUUUAAUCAUUUAUGAUGAUCUCUCCAAACAAGCGCAAGCUUAUCGCCAAAUGUCUCUUCUAUUACGAAGACCGCCCGGUCGUGAAGCUUAUCCAGGAGAUGUUUUUUAUUUGCAUUCACGCCUUUUGGAAAGAGCCGCUAAAUUUAGUUCGAGUUUAGGUGAAGGAAGUAUGACCUCCGUACCAAUAUUUGAAACUCAAUCGGGAGAUGUUUCGGCUUAUAUUCCUACUAAUGUAAUUUCCAUUACUGAUGAACAAAUCUUCUUAUCCGCCAACCUAUUCAAUUCUGGAAUCAGACCUGCUAUUAAUAUGGGUAUCUCCCUUUCCAGAGUGGGGUCUGCAGCUCAAAUAAAAGCCAUAAAACAAGUAGCUAGUAAAUGAAAAUUCUAACUAGCGCAAUUCGCAGAAUUCGAAGCCUUUGCUCGAGUUUCAACGACAUCCCUAGUUGUACUGAUCUAUCUGGCAGUUCACUACACGCCAAAUAAUUCUUUGCUAUUUCCUCUUUCUUUGAGAAAAGUGUAA